AUGAAUCACCGUAUUGUGGAAUGGAAAUGUGAUGCAACGACUGGUCAAGUAGUGGCCGGUGGAAAUGGCCAAGGAAGCCGAAUGGAUCAGUUGAACAGACCAACAGAUGUGAUUGUUGACAAAGAAACAGAUAGUGUCAUCAUCUGCGACUCUGGAAAUCGACGAGUAAUGCGAUGGCCUCGUCGAAGUGGCACAAUUGGAAGCACAGUACUCUCAGAUAUCGAUUGUUGGGGAUUGGCGAUGGACGAUAAAGGAUCUCUCUACGUCUCCGACUGUAAAAAGCAUGUAGUGAAACGAUAUCGAAUGGGAAAGACGAAGGAAAAAGUAGUGGCGGGUAGCAAACGACAAGGUGAUCGGCUCGAUGAACUCAAUCGACCUUCCUAUAUCUUUGUUGAUCAAGAUCAUUCUGUGUACGUAUCGGACAGUUGCAACCGGCGCGUGAUGAAGUGGAUCAAAGGUGCGAAAGAAGGAACUAUCGUGACUGAGGAUCGAAAAAAGAGCAAUGAUCAAGCACAACGGUUCUGUCCUGAAGGAGUGACUGUCGACGCAUGGGGCGCAGUCUAUGUGACCGACUGUGGAAAUCAUCGAGUAAUGUGUUGGCCCAAGGGUAUCGGACAAGGAGUCGUCAUAGCUGGUGGAUACGAUGAAGAAGAACAAGCAAAGCAGCUGAGUUAUCCCAGAGGUUUAUCAUCUGAUCAAUAUGGUAAUCUCUAUGUAAUCGAUCAAUGGAAUCAUCGAGUUCAACGAUUCUCUAUACGAGAGACAAGUUGA